UUUUUGAUUAUGCAAGGUACCACACCAUUGACUCCCUUUUUUUACAGCUUGAAUCACUACUUCCGUGUCUGAACCGCCUUUGCGGGUGAGGAAAAACAAAGAAAAAAAGCUCAUUUCUCUUCCUAUUUCCAUUUCUAUUUCUUUCUCUCUUCUCCCCCAACCCACAACCCAGCAAAAAUCAAGAUAAACCAAAAUCAUGUCUUCUCCAAGCAAGCGACGCGAAAUGGAUUUGAUGAAACUGAUGAUGAGUGAUUACAAGGUGGAGAUGAUCAAUGAUAGCAUGCAGGAGUUCUAUGUCGACUUCCAUGGCCCUAAAGACAGUCUUUACCAAGGAGGUGUGUGGAGGAUUAGGGUGGAGUUGCCAGAUGCUUAUCCUUACAAAUCACCUUCAAUUGGCUUUGUCAACAAAAUUUAUCAUCCCAAUGUUGAUGAAAUGUCGGGCUCGGUUUGUUUAGACGUUAUCAACCAGACAUGGAGCCCUAUGUUUGACCUUGUAAAUGUUUUCGAAGUGUUUCUUCCACAACUUCUCCUGUAUCCCAACCCUUCUGAUCCAUUGAAUGGAGAAGCUGCUGCGGUAAUGAUGCGUGAUCGCACUGCAUAUGAACAAAGAGUAAAAGAAUACUGUGAGAAAUACGCAAAGCCAGAAGACAUUGGUGCUGUCCCUGAGGAGAAAUCAAGUGAUGAGGAGCUGAGUGAAGAUGAUUAUGCCUCAAGUGAUGAGGACAUGGCAGGCCAAGCUGAUGCUUGAAUGGCAAAGAUCAAGCCCCUUCUUCUGUACAUUAUUGAAAAACUCAGUAACCAUAAAAAGAAAUUGAAAGCUAUGGAGAAGUUUCCAAGCUCUUCUGUCUCUGUAUUUUCAUGAUAGUUGUGUACAUUAAUCAAACUAUGAUAUAAUGUUUCAUAUAUUUCCAUUUACCAUUUAAUCUAAAGUAACAAAUAUCA